UAGAUAGUUUGUAUGACUCACUGUAGGUGCAGCACUGUGUCAUUGUCAUCAAUGGUUUGGGUCUGCCUCACCCAGUCACAGUAUUCUCUCAAGCCUCAGCCUGUCAACAUCAUUUCUGCAGUAACGUUGCUGUUUGUUGUAUCAAUGAUGGCAGCAGCUUUCCAACCUGUCCAACUGUCCAAAGAAGAGAAGAAAGCUCUUGACACAGUCAGUGUAGGCACAAACAAGUUUGCCAUCAGUCUCUUUCGGGCCCUAGCCAAGGAGCAGACAGGAAAUGUGUUUGUCUCUCCUCUAAGUGUACAGAUUGUCCUAGCCCUGGCCUACAUGGGAGCCAGAGGCGAAACUGCUAAGGAACUGGCUACUCUGCUGUCUCUACCUGAUGAUGUGGAACACACCAAAGCAGGAUACCACAGUCUCAUCAGAGUUCUUCAGGCUCCAGUGCUUAAGCUGGCAAACCGCAUGUUUGUAGAGAAAACGUCCGGCAUCAAGGAAAACUUUCAGAAAGAUGCAGAGAAAUACUUUCUUUCAUCAGCAGAAGCAUUAGAUUUCUUACUCAACCAUGAUAAAUCUCGUCAACACAUCAACUCUUGGGUUGAGGAGCAAACUAAUCAAAAGAUAAAAAACCUUCUUGCGCCUGAUGUAAUCACAAGCGCCACAAGACUUGUAUUGGUAAACGCAAUCCAUUUCAAAGCAGAUUGGGCCAACAAGUUCAAUGAAAAUGAUACUAAAGAGGAAGACUUCCACCUGUCCAAAACUAAGACUGUCAAAGUUCAAAUGAUGCAUGCUAAAAAGAAAUUCUAUUUUUCCCACGAUGAUGAAUUGAAGGCAAAAAUAUUGCAACUGGACUAUGCUGGAGACAAUUUUCGCAUGAUAGUCAUUCUUCCUGAUGACAUUGAAGGCUUGUCAGCUCUGGAGGAAAAACUUGAAACAGUCAACUUGAGCGAUAAAAUCCGAUACAUGAACAAACCUACUGUGACAGUGGCCUUACCCAAGUUCAAAAUGGAAGAAACAAUGGACCUCAACGAAAUUCUUAAAUCUCUGGGAGCACGAGCCAUGUUUGAUGAGAAGAAAGUUGACUUCAGUGGCCUUUCUGAUCAGUCUCUUGUCGUCAGUAAUGUAGUUCAAAAAGCUUUUGUUGAAGUUAAUGAAAAAGGCACCGAGGCGGCAGCGGCUACAGGGAUGGUUAUGAUGCUCACAGCUCUGCCUACAAAGCCACCCCCAGAUCAAGAGUUUAUUGCCGAUCACCCGUUCCUAUUUUACAUCACUCAGCUAUUGUAUAACACUCCUCUUUUCUUAGGCCGCCACAUUGUUCCUACUUAAGUUUUUGUAAAAGCUCAAUUACUGCAUCCAACCAGCCAACAUUAUUUACUUUUGUGGCUGUAAUCUGUAUUUAGCUUGAAAACGGGUCAGAAAACAAAUUUGAAAAAUAUUCUCAUAAAACUAUGAUAGAAAAACAGGUACACUCGUAUACUGUAGUUACUAUAUUGUGUUGAUACUUAGUUCAUGAUUUUUUAUAGUCAAUGACCAGUUAAAUACACCUUUAGUUUUUCUGAAUUACUACCUCUUUAUUAAAAUAGUUUAUGUUAUUCUUAAGAUAUGAUUUGAUAUUGAUUCUUAGAUUAUUGAUUUGUACUAUAUUCUAUAUUAGGAGUUGAUUUUGCUAACAGUUAUUAUAUUAAGACCAAUUCGAACAAGGAUUCAUCUUGACACACUUGAAAUGUCCUAUCCACAAACCCUGCCCAUCUUGUGGAUGAUAUAUUGUAUGUAGGUAUUAUUUUAUAAAAAAACUACUUAAGCAUUGUAAAGUUUAGCCAAUUUUUGCGAUAUUGUGAAAUGAUUUAAAUACUGUAAGGAAUUUGAAUGUGGCUGUAGAACUAUAGCACAUGUUAUUUAUUAAACCACAGCCAGCAACUCCAACUCGUAACAAAUACAUUCCCUUGGCAGGAUUCUUCUUGCUCACUCUAGUUUACCAGGUAAAGAUGGCAAAGAGACUCUACUACUGAGGUCUAUACCAAGUAAAAGACUUAAGUCAACUCAAAUAGAACUGGCGCUUUAAUAAUAUCAGCUGGCCUAUUUAAAAACAUGACUGUGACCCGCCAGUUCUAUUUACUUUGACUUAGCCAAAAUGGUCUGAUUAAUCGGCUAGCCGAUCAAUUACUCUAGAAACGUUGAUUUAUUUUAAUAUACAAACAAUAAAAACUACAGUACAUUCAUAAAACUACAGCUAUUUCAUUGGUGAUUUUCUCAAUACUAGAUUAUAGAUGGUUGAAGCUUUUGUAAUCUUGGAUCAGUCAAUUAAUUUAAAUUGGUCCUUGUUACAAAUUACAUCAAGCAAAUUCAUGCACGAUUACUGUUAACCUAAUGUGGUUGAAACACGAAGUAGGUAGCUAUCAACUGAUGUAUGGUUAAAAAGCUUGUAUGAGAAUUUUACGUAGUACCCAUAAAAUAUUUUUAGGCUAAAUCAGUGGUUUUAAUUACAUAAUUCUUAACCUCAAUGGGUCUCUAUAAUUCCAAUUUAUUGAGCAAGCUUAUAAUUUUAUGCAGAUUUGUAGAUAUAAGGUAUCAAUUAAAAUCUUCUUUGACACCGUAUUUAAAAACGUGACAAUGUGUUCAACAUUCAACCAUGUGCCUUGCAAGUUACCUAUUUUUGUAUGUUAAAUUUUAUCCAAUUUCCAAAAUAGGGAAUAAGUUAUUGUCAUUUAAGUUAUUUGCAUUCAAUUUUGCUCCGGCAAGAAAUAUAUCCUUGAAGCAAAAUGUCUUGUUCUGUAUAAGUACAGGUGUUUACAGUUUUUUAACAGUUGGAGAGUAACAACUAGGAAGGUUAAUAGCUAUCUUUGUACCUCAGAUGACAUUAUUAUUAUUAUUUCUGAAAUAGGCUCAAGAUUUUCGUU